GACAGCCGCGCAUCUGGCCCGAGGGUCGUGGGGAGCCGGCUGCCGCGCGGUCGGGGGCCGAGGGCCGCAGCACCCAUGGCUGAGGGUGGCAGCCCUGACGGGCGGGCGGGCCCUGGGCCUGCAGGUCCCAAUCUGAAGGAGUGGCUCAGAGAGCAGUUCUGCGACCACCCGCUGGAGCGCUGUGAGGACACACGGCUCCAUGACGCGGCCUACGUGGGCGACCUGCAGACCCUCAGGAGCCUGCUGCAGGAGGAGAGCUACCGCAGCCGCAUCAACGAGAAGUCCGUGUGGUGUUGCGGCUGGCUGCCCUGCACGCCGCUGCGCAUUGCCGCCACCGCAGGCCAUGGCAACUGCGUGGAUUUCCUCAUCCGGAAGGGGGCCGAGGUGGACCUGGUGGACGUGAAGGGACAGACCGCCCUGUACGUGGCCGUGGUGAACGGGCACCUGGAAAGCGCCCAGAUCCUUCUUGAAGCAGGCGCUGACCCCAACGGAAGCCGGCACCACCGCAGCACGCCUGUCUACCACGCCUCCCGCGUGGGGAGGGCCGACAUCCUGAAGGCUCUCAUCAGGUACGGGGCCGACGUGGACAUCAACCACCAGCUGACCGCUGACGCGCGGCCAUCUUUCUCGCGGCGGCUCACCUCCCUGGUGGUGUGCCCCCUGUACAUCAGCGCAGCCUACCACAACCUUCAGUGCUUCAAGCUGCUCCUGCAGGCCGGGGCCAACCCCGACUUCAACUGCAACGGCCCCGUCAACACCCAGGAGUUCUACAGGGGCUCUCCGGGCUGCGUCCUGGACGCCGUCCUGCGUCACGGCUGUGAGGCCGCCUUCGUCAGCCUGCUGGUGGAGUUCGGGGCCGACCUGAACCUGGUGAAGUGGGAGCCCUUGGGCCCGGAGUCGAGAAGCAGAAGGAAGGUGGACCCCGAGGCCUUGCAGGUCUUCAAAGAGGCCAGAAGUGUUCCCAGGACCUUGCUGAGCCUGUGCCGGGUGGCCGUGAGAAGAGCUCUCGGCAAGCACCGGCUGCACCUGAUUCCCUUGCUUCCUCUGCCAGACCCCAUAAAGAAGUUCCUGCUCUAUGAGUGAGGGCGAGCGGCGCUGGCUGCAGGAGGAGGAGGGCGGUCCGCGGUGGACAGAAAGAAGUUCCUGCUCUAUGAGUGAGGGCGAGCGGCGCUGGCUGCAGGAGGAGGAGGGCGGUCCGCAGUGGAAGCCGACGCUGACUCUCGCCCUGUGGACCGUACCCUGUGCUGCCCACGUGUCCCGUCCGGCCCUGUUCUCAUGGAUUGUAAUCCAUCGCAGGUGCUCGGGCCGUUGGACAGUCUUUGGGUCUUUGUCGGCCUAGAAGCUCAGACAAAACUUAAUUUUGUUCUUCCUGAGUGUGCGCUUUGGGUUUCGCAGUUGUGUGUUCGUGACGGGGCCGCGAGACGUGUGCAGUAUGGGCCGCGGCUGGAGCUGUGUUGAUGCUCCCGCUAGGGAAGACUCCUAGCACUUUCCAGAACUGUGCUUCUAUUUAUUUAUUUAUUUCUCAGUUUUAUUGUUUGAUUAAAGCCUUCUAAUAUCUAAAUGAAAGGGAGUUUUGGUUAAAAAAAAAAUGUGGAGAACCAAGGCCCAGUUCUUGAGUUGCUGGUUUGCUUAGCUGCUCCUGGGGUGAAGGACCCCGUGUGUUUCCUGCCCCACGUCCCCCUGCACUUCAGGGCCCCGCUCUGUGCCGGGGCUCUGUGUCUUCCAGGACGGUUUCCUGGCUGAGUGCACUCGGUGUGGCUUCUCGGGGCCAGCCUCUGCGCCAGUUGUGAGCCGUAGCGCCUGCGCAGAGUCCCCAGCAUGGUUCCCGCGCUGGGCCCGCCCUGCCCCCGCUGCAGGUGUAUGAGCUCUCUGCGUCCAGGCAGCAGUGGCUUUCCGGAGGCCACCCUGAGCUCGCUGGGAGCCGGCGGCCUGCGUUUCGACCGUUCCAACAGCAGUCACUGCCAGCUCUGAUGGAGGAAGAAAGUGCCUGCACGUCCGGGAAGGAAGCCCAAUGUCUCCGACAAUCCCAAGCUGUCCGCUGGGUGGUGAUGGCUCUUUGCUCUUUGAGGCCUACGUGUCUCAGCAGCUGCUCUCAGAAUCUAACGGGCAGGCAGCCGUGAGGGCAGGGCCUUCCCUUGGCCUGGUGAGAGAGACGGCCUGGGCUGUCGGGGCAGGUAUUGGCUUUGUGGGAGGGCCCCACUCUCCUGCCCAGGGCUGUGCAGCCAGGUGGGCGUCAGCAGGGCAGUGGCUGCAGCCUCGGUGUGCCCAGCUGCCUGCCGUUUCGGGUGGAGCCACGUUUGCUCCCUUGAAGGCCCUGUCAUGUAGAUCUGUAGCGAUCCUGCACUUGAGAUGCAUGUAGCAAUGGGCAGGUUGCAUGUACUGCAGUCUGUAAAAGCUGAACUGGUGGUGCUGUUUUAUUGAUUAUCAGUGUCACUGGGGGUUUUAGCUGCCCAGACAGCAUCUGGACGUUAAAUUGUGUGGCUUGGGGAUGGGAUGGGUGCGUGAUGGCUGGGCUCUGUGCACACGGGUGCGUGCUGGCCCCACGAGCACGUGUGCUGUUCCGAGGCCGUACACGUGUUGGCUGGUGCAGUGGGGGAAUGCACGCCGGGGUGUUGACGUGGCUGCAGUGGCUUGGUGUUGAGCUCUGAUCGUUGUCCGCGUGCGGGCUGGCUUCCUGCUGCUCCUGGGGGAGCUGGGGUUGGGGCCCCCUCGUGUCGGGAAAGACUCCUCACUGCUGCGUGGGGAGCCGAGGACGUCAGGGCCGCUGGCCCAGCAGAGGGCUGGCUGUGUUCUUUGUUGCAUCAAGGGGGGCUGGGGACGGAUUGCGACUGGCCGCUGGGCAGGUGCCCUCUGCUGCAGGAGAGGGAUCGGGCUUGUCCUCCGACGGGGCCCAGAGGGCUUUCAGCACGAGGGUUGUUCACGUCACUCGGCUCUGUACUGGUUUCCACCCUUCUGGUCAGGGGGGAGCAGCCAGGCCUCUCCAGGUGAGCGGUGUCGGCUCGUAGGACACGCUGAGUCUGCGCGGGGUGCUCCCCAGCCUCCGUCCUCUGACCUCCGGGGAGCGGCACCCGGGAAUGCUGGGCUGUGCGGAGCGAGCCUAGGCACGGCGAGGGUGCCGUGGCCCUGUGCUCUGUGCGGCGUCUGCUUCUCAGGGAUCCAGCCAUGUCCUCGUGGUCACCCUGGGAGAAUGAGCUGAACGUGCCCUCCCAGCUGGGCCUCGUCCCGGCCUGGCCAGGGAGGCGGUGUGUUUAGUGUGUUUGGAUCCCGAGCUGGGCCCUUCCUGAUGGCCCGGGCUGAGGUGUGCGCAGGCGGCUGCAGACCGCCUCACUCGCAGAGCUCGGGUUCUGCGCUCUCCGCUCCAGCCGGCCCUUGCUGGUUAAAAUCCCAGCAACGCUGACGUUGAGACUGUCGUUUGAAAGGCCAUAGCUGCCUGUCCGUGGCUCUGCAGACAGCGUAGGCCGCUGGCCAAGGCCGUUCCCUCACUUGACCACAGCUCCCUUCUCUUGUUGGCGGGGGUGGGAUCCAGGUGAGACAGCCUCACCUGACCGUGAUGCAGCCCUGGGUGCCUCGGGCCCGUGUAGCCGGGAAACGGCCCCCUGGCUGCCCCCCAACCCCAGGUCAGGGCUCGGGGCGGGGGGGAGCCCGCUGCUGCCCCCACCCGGCCCAGCAGUCUUGAUUGUGGCCACCUCAGGGGCAGCUGCUGGCCCUGGACGCGUGGAGGGCCAGGGUGGGGUGGCGACCGUGAGAGUUCAGCUUCCCAGUUCUAGGGGAGGGGCUUUUCGUAUUCCCAGAUGCCCCCAGUUUUCAUAUUGCUCUCCAUAUAACUUAUCCGUGUAUUUAUGUAUUUAUUUAUUUGUUUAUUCCUGCUUUGUUCCAGCAGAGGUUAAGGCAGCGAUGCUGGGUUUCUGGUGUUCUCCUCUGACGUUUGUAGGUUUUCAAAAUGGACUGAUUGCACAGUACUUUUCUUUUUCUUUCUUUCUUUCUUUUUUUUUUUUUUUUAAGAUUUUAUUUAUUUAUUUGAGAGGUAGAGCUACAGACAGAGGGAGAGGAGAGAAAGGUCUUCGUCCUGCUGGUUCACUCCCCGAAUGGCCACAGCGGCUGGAGCUGCGCCAUUCAGAAGCCAGGAGCCUCUUCCCGGUCUCCCGCAUGGGGGCAGGGGCCCAAGGACUUGGGCCACCUUCACUGCUUUCCCAGGCCACAGCAGAGAGCUGGAUGAGAAGUGGAGCAGCCGGGACCAGAACCGGCGCCCAUAUGGGAUGCCAGUGUUUCAGGCAGAGGCUUAGCUCGCUGAGCCCCAGGGCCGGCCCCAUGCGAGGUACCUUUCGAGUGAAAGGACAGGUCAGUGCCCUCGUGGCUCUUUCUGUUGUGGGCUUGAGAGCCGUCAUUUCCUGAGUAUUUUCCCUUCUUCCUCCUUGAGUGAUUCUUCAAAUAAAAUGUUGGAGAAAGGAAGAGGAACUGCUGCAGACCUGUGACUGAGCAGAGGGGCCAGCUGGUGAGGGCACACGGCGGCCUGUGCGCCGCUGCCACUGCCGCUGCCCGCGGGCCUGGGGCAGCCCCGGCUGUGUGGAGGCUCCUGCUGCCUCGCCCACAGGGUGGGGUCACGGGAUGCACACACACAGGUGUGGACAGGUGUGUGAGGGUCCCGGGGGCGCACACACAUGCACUUUGCAGGCGUGCUGUCUGCCCACACUGACACGCAUUCCUCCUCUUGGUGGCAGGGACCAUGCUGGGAUAGCCUGGGGCAGGGGCUGGCUCGGUCUCGUGCUCCGUGGGGGUGGCCAGGGUCACGCCGGCCCAUGGUCAGCUGUAGGCACCGCGUGCGCUCGUGCAGGUGAGGUAGGUGAGGACAGCUUGCUAGGGCACUUACGGAGUCAGGUCUAUUCAACUGCAAAGGCUUGUCCUUCCUGAUCUCGAAGCUGAGGAGUUGUGUAAUGAGGGUGGUAGGCGCGGCUGACACUUUAUUUUUAAAAAUGCUCUUUGUUGUGUAGCAAAAUGUUGACUGCCCCUUGUCAGGCCUUAGAAUUUCUUUGUAAGUUUGUCUCUGAGAUCCCAAAGUCAGGGGCAAGAGUGACAGGGACACCCAGGUGUCACAGAGCUGAGCUGUGGUGGACACGGACACCCGGGCGUCACAGAGCUGAGCCGUGGUGGACACGGACACCCGGGCGUCACAGAGCUGAGCCGUGGUGACACAGACACCCGGGCGUCGCAGGGCUGAGCCGUGGUGGACACGGACACCCAGGCGUCACAGGGCUGAGCCGUGGUGACACGGACACCCGGGCAUCACAGAACUGAGCCGUGGUGACACGGACACCCGGGCGUCACAGAGCUGAGCCGUGGUGACACGGACACCCGGACGUCGCAAGGCUGAGCCGUGGUGGACACGGACACCCGGGCGUCACAGGGCUGAGCUAUGGUGGACAUGGACACCCCGGUGUCGCAGAGCUGAGCCGUGGUGACAGGACACCCGGGCGUCGCAGGGCUGAGCCGUGGUGACACGGACACCCGGGCGUCGCAGGGCUGAGCUGUGGUGACAUGGACACCCGGGCGUCGCAGGGCUGAGCCGUGGUGACACGGACACCCGGGCGUCGCAGGGCUGAGCCGUGGUGACACGGACACCUGGGCGUUGCAGAGCUGAGCCGUGGUGACACGGACACCUGGGCGUCACAGAGCUGAGCUGUGGUGACACGGACACCUGGGCGUCGCAGGGCUGAGCCGUGGUGGACACGGACACCUGGGCGUCACAGAACUGAGCCGUGGUGACACGGACACCCGGGCGUCGCAGGGCUGAGCCGUGGUGACAGGACACCCGGGCGUCGCAGGGCUGAGCCAGUCCUGAGCUUCACGGGUCAGGCUUCCUGCCAGCCAGGGCCGCACCCUUUGGGCCCAGUGACGUCCUUUCUGUCCCUCGUUUACCCUCACUUCUGCCUUCUCUCCAAACCUGCUCCUGCAGUGCCACAGACCUCGCCGGUGUGCACUCACGUGUCCCGUCCCGGGGGUCCCACGGGGGAGCCCGCCGCGUGUGGAGGGCACCUGUGCCGCGGAUUCCGUGCACAGG